UUUUGUGCAACGGGACUCGGGAGUUGUCUGCCGGCCGGGAAAGAAGAAACUUUAUAUCUCGUGCGCGACGUGCCUUACCCGCUCCCGCCUGCCCAAUGUGUGUACUUUUCUUUUAUCUUCAUUACAUCUUUUCUUUUAUCUUCAUUACAUCUGGCUAUACACAAGAGGUCGUCAUGAGAGACAGAUCGGCCGCGGAGAGAGCAUGCAAAGAUUCCAAUCCUAUUAUCGAUGGUCGUAAAACAAAAGUAAAUUUGGCCAUUCCCGGAGCUAAGCCCAGAGAUAACUUGCAAACAUGUUCUUGCAUCUAACAGAUAAUCACGGGAAUAAACGGUAAUGAUUUCAUUUAUGUACAUACAUAUAAUGAUGUGUCUGCUUUAUACGUAUUUAUUUGUUUUGACAGCACCGCAAUAGCAAAGGGCAUAAUUAUUAAAUAAUCUUUAAGGAGAAAUUCGGUUUUUUUAACCAAAAACAUAGUAAAAUUUAGGAUUUUUUUUUCAGAAACUAACUAUUCAAUUAAUUUAAAAUUUGCAUCAUGUUUUUAUUUAUGUUUAGAACGUACAGUUUUUCUGUUAAUUUUUAAUUAUAAAUAGAGAAGUUAUAUGUGAUUAAAUAUCACGCUGCGCAAAGUUCUUCAUCUACUGGCGUGCACGAUAUUGAUCUUCCAGAUAAUUUGAAACAAAAAAAAUAAAACGGCCAUACACUUGUAGUUUCAGUUUGAUGAACCAGAUUUUUAAAAAAUGAUUAUUGCGGAAGUUAUUAAUUUUCAAAUCAAAACUAUGUUUUUAUUAUAAAAAUUUGUCCAUUUCUAUUAUGUAAAAAAAAAUUAUCUAACUUAUCAAUAUUCUGGUUCAUCAAAUGAUAAAGUAAUGUUUACUGAACAUGUAGGCCAAGUUUGAAGGUAAUUAGUUCAAUGAUUACAAAAAUAUUAUGCACACUAUCCGCAAAAAUGCUGUUUUGAGAAAACAGUUUUUAAAGUUAUAAGUUUAGUUUAUAUAAAUAUAUCAAGUACUUUUAUCAUUUUUUUGUUACUCAACUAUUUCAGGGCUUCUCAUAUAGUAGUCCUUCCUCUUCUUCGUAGAAUUAAUUUUGAGCCAUUUAUUUAUUUCUACGUUCUAUCCGAGCUUCUUUUAUGGCUUCGAGGUUUCGUCGCGCUAAUCUAUCAAGCCGGCAUUGAUCUCGCUCUUUGGAAUAUAUUUUAGCUUUUUUUCCCGUAACUCUUCCUAUCAAUGUCAUAGUUUUAAGGACAGUAUAAAAACCUUUAUUAAAAAUUCCGGUUGCUAAAUAAGCCGUGAUUUCAAUUGUUUCGGAUUUACAAUGAAGGUGUUUAGUCACAAAUCGCAGGUAGAGUAAAAACCUCUCGUUAUUAUUUUGAGUUUUACCACCCAAACAUCUUUCUAAUAAUUCUCUUGAUGAUAAAUUUUCAAAAAUUGGCUUGCUGAAUAUCUUAAUGUAGUGGCAGUUCAUGAUCAAAUUCAAGACUUGCGCUCGGGUCAAUUAAGGCCAAUUCAUAACUCCGGAAGUUUUACGAAUUUUGAAAUGAAAUUUUCUGGAAAUAUUCUUGAGAUGUUAAACUAAAAUGUUUCGUAAAAAAGAUUGAUUUUUUUUACCCGAAAAAUCAAAUUCCUACGUUAAUUGAAAUUUUCGACAACACGCUUAGAAAAUAAUGUCAACGGACAUACAAAUAUUUGCGAAUCGAUUCCGAGUUUACAAUCGGACGUUUUGCUCAGUUUUGGUCAAAAUUUAACAUAAUUUAUGUGAAUUUUUGUUUGUUCAAUUAUCUCUUCAAAAGAUAUCACGUUCUAUUUUUGCCUAAUAAUAAUUUCAUACCACAUAUCGAUCCGACAAGAUCUAAAAGGACACACUAGGUUUACAUUGAUUAUAUCCAUAAAACACGACAUUACUGGAACAUAUGACACAAAUUUCUGGCUAAGAAUAUGAAUUAUUUUUAUUAUUUUUUUCACUAAUUUUGUAUGAAUUAAUAUAAUGAAAUUCUACAACUAAAUUCUAUAUAAAUUAUAUCAAGCUUACAACAUUAUUAUUAAUAAAGAUAAUUUUUAACAUUUGUUUUAAAAUCUAAAAAACUAAAAUAAAGUAUUCUCUCUCAUUGUCUUUCUUUCUCACGUGACUAUCUCUUAUUAUACAUUUUUAAUUGAAGAAGUCUCUAAUGAAUUAUUAUCUUUUAAAUAGAAGAGAGCAGUUCCGAAAAGGUAAACUCUCCGAUUUGGUUGCAAAUUGGUACACUACUGUAUUUCGUUGCGCUGCUUACGAAUAUGAUAAUAAAAAUCACCGACAAAGUCUUUUAGUAGAACAAAAUAUUAAUCCAAUAUUGAAAAAUAAUAUAAACAUGAUAUUAUACAUUGGUUAUGCAUUGGAUUUUUAACAUUGAUUCAAUAUCAAAAGCUUGACACUUUGUCUUAUUUAACCAAUAUUGGAAUUGCAAUAUUGGUUGCAUUUUUUUAGGAAAUUUUUAAGCGGUUACCCAUCCAAGUCAUAACUCCGGUGAACAUUGCUUAACCUCUGUAAGCGCUGCGAACUGAUCCUUUGUGAUGACCUGUGAACACUUUGUGAUGAUACAUGUAUAUAACUGGUAGAUCAGGUCAAUAUAUGUUAUGGAAAAAAUGAAACAUGCAUAAUUAAAGCACAUUAUUUAUAUAAACAAAUAUAAAAUUAUAAUUUUUUUACUAAUUUCACAAAUGCGUAAUAGCAUCUGGAACAACUUUUAAUUCUGUUAUUUGUUUAAAUUAAAAUGCAAUUAGAAAAUAUGUCAAUAUAAUACAAUAAUAAAUUAAAUAUGAAA